AUGGCUCCCUCUAAUACUUGGGGUCGCCUUCGUGUUGCUGGGGCUCUCUCGAUCUUGGCGGGCCUCAGCGGGGUCAGCGGCAUUCCCAAGAGCACGCUCAUCAAUCCUCCAAGCUCCUUCUUCGCAACCAGCCAAGUUGAGUACUCCUCAGCUCUCAACAUCGCUGCGAGCGAUGGUGACUUGUGGCCUACUACGUGGGCCGACGAUGACAACAUCUACACGGCCAACGGUGACGGACGAGGGUUCUCUACCAAUCAAGCUGAUUUCGCCGACGCUGUGGCGAAUCGCAUUUCUGGCACACCGGACACCGGUAUUUCUGGCUUGCGCUUGGCCGCCGGGAACCAGCUUGGCCCUGUCUGGACGGCAGGUACUUACAAUAGAAAGCCGACAGGCAUCGUUGCUGUCGACGGUGAUGGCGAUGGCAAGGACGAGCUGUAUUUGGCUAUUCAGGACUUGAACUAUGGAGGAAAUGGUGCUGCCUUCAACGAUGUGCCUGCCGCAAGCAUCCUCCGCUCGGCCGACUACGGCAACACUUGGACGGCGACUCAAUCUCCUAUGUUUUCAAACUACACUUUUACGACUGUCUUCUUCCUGGACUUUGGCAAGAGCCAGUCGCAAGCCUCAGUGCUAGGGGCAGAUGGUCCCAAGUACGUGUACGCCUACGGCCUAGACAACAAUUGGCGUGACUCAGUGGCAGGGACCGUGCCUGACCCUCAAGACCUCUAUCUCGCGCGGGUUCCCGUCAAUGCUGUACAGGACGUCUCAAAGUGGCAGUUCUUUAGCGGCUCAGUGUCGGCGCCUGCUUGGACGGCAGACAUCAAAGCACGCCGAUCGGUCCUUCACGACUCGCGUCGGGAGUACCCAGGCGACCAAACGGCCGACGGCUUUUCCGUCCUCUCCCAAGGCAGUGUCGUGUAUAACGCGCCGUUGAAGAGGUACAUCUAUACCAGCUGGACAGACUACACCUUUGACUUCUACGAGGCGCCCCAACCUUGGGGCCCCUUCACGCUUUUUGAGUCGAAGGACUUCGGCGUCACUCCAUGGUUCGGACGCAACACGAGCACACCUAAAAACGGCGGCUAUGCCACGACCAUUCCUUCAAAGUUCAUCUCUGCAGACGGCAAGAGUAUGUGGGUUCAGUCCAACUGGUUUGUGGGCGCCGCGGCGGGCAGCGACGUCAAUUACUCCUUCUCCUUGCGACGUCUCCAGGUGACCAAGUACACGUCAACCCAGGCAACCAACCAGCCUGGCAAUACCAACCUAGCCCGUGAGACGGGAACGGUGCCGAUUUGCAAGGCGGCGCAUUACGGACAUUUGCAAUACCUCAAUGACGGCGCUACGCUGAGUGAGGACAGUUGGGACGGGUCCCAGAAGGACCUCGACCGCUGGGGCUAUACCUGGUCUACCCAAUACCACAUGAACCGCGUAGUCUACACCACUGGCAACUCUUUCGCAGACGGCGGGUGGUUCUCCAGCAACCUGACUGUACAGGUCCGGAAGAACUUUCAGUGGGUCAACGUCAACGAUCUCCAAGUCAGCCCGCAAUAUCCAUACAACAAUGCCGCGGUGCCUAACAAGGCUUUUACGUUCGAAUUCGCCGACGUGGUCGGUGAUGGCAUUCAAAUCAUUGGUGUGCCUGGUGGUUCGUUCUUCUUCACGUCAAUCGCCGAGCUGGAGGUGUAUUAUGACAGUUGA